AUGAUUCUCCAUACACUACGAACCACAUUCGAUGCAUGCAAGCCAUUACGCAAAGUUUCUUCAGCCUUGCGUUUCUUCUCAGCCAGCAAGGUGGGGUACGAGUCUCCAAAAGAUACUCUCAGCGCAGAAGACAAGAAGCGGAGAGAACAAUCCCGUCAAUGGGAUGACAUUCCUGGUUUCAAGAGUAAUGUAGAUCCAGAGUAUCGCAGAGAUCUUAGAAAGAUUGUAGCCGCCGCCAAUCGCGGAUACUACCGCAACCCUGAUCAUCGCGAAAAGCUUAUGGCAAAGAGCAAGACCACCAAUGCAUUGUACAGAGCUGAGCCUGAUUUCUAUGUCAAGCAGAGACUGCGCGUAUGGUUGCCCACGUCUGCUUGGGCUAGAGACGAACUUGACUGGAAAGCUCACAGGCCUGUCUGGUCUGCUGUCAAGGUGUCCAGGACCUGCGAGAGCUGCCAGAUUGAGCGGUUGAAUGGGGCUCAUCUGUGGUGGCAACGCAAGUAUGAUCCAUCCCUCUUUGACUGCAUGCAUUGUUAUCUUGGGUCCGAUCCUCGACAGGCUUACCCCAAAGGUUGUGAGGAUGUCACAUCGCUACCGGAGCUGCGAAAGCGCAAACAGGAACUGGACCUUGGGAUGAAGCCUGGAUCUUUGUCUCAGAGCAAGUCGUCUGCUGUUGAAGACAUCCAGUCCUGA